CCUUCGCUUAGUCAACAGUUUAACUCUCUAAAUAGUCACUAGUCAUACAUAUAACGAAUCGAGCUUAGAAUCUUAACGUUUCAUCGGAUUACUUAAGAAGAAAAAAAACUCAUCCAUGGAGAUGACACCUACCUUCCAGCAUCGGGUACUUUUCAAUUAGCUGUUGUUUUUUUCUGGUCCGGUUUUCAUAACUUCGGAAGUUCAAGUUCAACGGUGUCAUCGUAGACUAGUCAGGUGUACCGACUAAGUAAUGGGUUUAAUAGAGGACAUUAUCCGUGCUCUGGAUCACUCGCUAAUAAUUAGCAGUUACAAGUACGUUCUGGCUCUGCUGGUGGUACUGUACGUUUUCAUCUGGCUGUACGAUCUGUAUCGGUAUGGGGAAUCGAAAAAAGCGGAGAUCGAUGUUGGAAAAUCGAAAUCUGAAGACGGAACAACGGAAAAACUAGACGGGAUCGAGUAUGUGGGGGAGCUCGAUUUCGAGAACAACGACCUGCUUCCGGCUCUCGAAGAGAAACCCCACAUUCCCUAUCCAGGAGCACGUGUAACAUUGGCCAAGGAUCCGAUGAAGGCAGCCGAACAGUUCUACAAAAUCGUGAACGAUCGUCGAAGUGUCCGUAAGUUUAGCAACCGUUCGGUUUCGCUGAAACUAGUUCAGCAAUGCAUCCUGGCAGCCGGAACGGCUCCCAGUGGCGCUCACACCGAACCCUGGCGCUUUUGUGUGGUAUCCAGCGCGGAUGUGAAGGCACGCGUUCGCGAAAUUAUCGAAGGCGAAGAGCUUAUAAACUACGAGCAGCGAAUGUCCAAGCAGUGGACCACGGAUCUGAAACCGUUGAAAACCAACCACGUGAAGGAAUAUCUCACAACGGCCCCGUGCCUGAUUCUAGUUUUCAAACAGACCUACGGAUACAAACCAAAUGGCGGGAAGAAGCAACAUUAUUACAACGAAAUAUCAACGUCGAUUGCGGUUGGAAUUUUACUUAGUGCCCUGCAGGCGGCCGGAUUGAGUUCGCUGGUCACCACGCCACUGAACUGUGGACCGGCAUUGCGGAAUUUAUUGGAACGGCCCUCGAACGAAAAGCUGUUAGUGUUACUUCCGGUUGGAUAUCCGGCCGCCGAUUGUACGGUGCCCGAUUUGGAUAGGAAACCACUGGAAGAUCUUGUUGCCCUUUAUUAACUGAUUUCGGUUAGGCUGAAUGAAUAAAUAAGUUGGUAAAUCAUUU